AUGUCGGAUGACGAGACGCAGCCCCGUUCAACGCCUGCCGCGACGGAUGACGAGGCGAAAUCGGUGUUCCGACUCGGUGCGAAGAUACCCCCAUUUUGGCCGGAAGAUGCUGCUUUAUGGUUUGCUCAAAUUGAAGGUCAGUUCUAUAAUGCUAGUAUUACUGCCGAUGCUACCAAAUUCCAUCAUGUAGUUUCACGCUUGGACUACAAUAUAGCAUCCGAAGUGAAGGAUAUUAUUGUGUCACCGCCAGCUACCAAUAAAUACGAAAAGCUUAAAACUACGCUUAUUAAUCGUUUGUCACAGUCACGUGACCAGAGGCUUAAGCAAUUAUUGAUGCACGAAGAGCUUGGCGAUAGGAAACCCUCGCAAUUAUUGCGUCAUAUGCAAUCGCUAGCAGGAACCACAAGCGAUCCUAACGAUUUUGUGCGCACAAUGUGGGUUAGCAGACUACCUACUAAUAUUCAAACCGUACUUGCUUGUCAGGAGGACAUUCCGUUGGACGUGCUAGCAACGAUAGCAGACAGGGUGCACGAGGUCGUCGUUCCAGCAGUGCCAGCACCGCACGUCGCGGCUACCAGCAGCCGGACGACGUCACACACAACUAUGACGCAAGGUAGCAGUGAACUGGAAAGGCAAGUAGCAGCACUGACCCAGCAGGUAGCAACAUUGAUGGCAGAACGGCACACCGGUCGCCGCAGCCGUUCUCGCAGCACCCAGAACUGGAGGUAUCGCAACCGUUCUCGCUCUCGCUCGCGCUCAGGCAAGCAGAAUCCUGACCAUUGUUGGUACCAUAACUGCUUCGGAAACAACGCGAAGAAAUGCGAAGAUCCUUGUACUUACACCAAGGGAAACUCCAACGGCAGUCGCUAA